CCAGUCCCAGGAACGGUAUCAAUGGGAAAGCCGCCAGUCAAUUUUUCUUUUCUGGUAACAUACAAAACUCACCUUUAAUUGCGCCUGUAUGUGCGCACUUGCAAGGGCAUCCAUUUUUUGCACGGUUCUAUGCUGCAAUUCCGUCUGGUUAUCGGUUUUCCAGUAAACAGAUGACAGCUGAUCCACCUCGCCAAUAUUUGGGUUUAUUCUGAAACAGCCUCCUAAUUAAUCUGUCUGCUAAUAUACUACUCGCGUUACAAGAUGCUUAUAACAAAAAAACGUUUUAGCCCUGUGAUGGAAUGCGUGUGACCCUGAUUUUUCUGGUACCUUUUUGCUUGGCGGAAAUAAUGCCGCUUGAUCACGUGCACGAUACGUAUCUGGAUGCGAAGAAGACCUUUCGCUUGAGCUGGCGUUAUAACAGCACACAUAUCGAAGUUCAGGCGACGGUACAGACACCGGGAUGGCUUGCGCUGGGUCUUUCACCGGAUGGUAAUAUGCCCAAUUCUGACGUCUUCGUCGCGUGGGUCAACGAUACAACAGGCGAAACGUUUCUUACGGACCGAUUUCUGCUUGUUAACCGAACAGCGCGUCAGAUAAUUUUUGAUGUGGAUCCCCAGCAGGACUGGAUAUUAAUCGCCGGAAAACAGAUAAAUAACGAGACAACCGUCACCGCUAUCCGGGCGUUAUCUACAUGUGAUACAAAGAUGGACCGAAAUUUUACGCGCGAUACCUUGCGUGUCAUCUGGUCGUAUCACCUACAAGACCCGGCUGAUCCGACCCGUAUUCCCCAUCACAACCAGCGCGGCUACAAAAGUCUCCUGAUGUUUUCCCAAGCGUUUGAAGUGCGUGAUCCGAUGAUGGAUGGGAAUAAGCUGCAGAGUAUGAGCAUCCGCAUGGAUCCGGUCACCAUUGGAAAUACCACCACAACUUCCUGUCAGUGCAGUAUGGCCAAAUUGCCAAUCAUCGAACAGGAUUCCCACAUUAUCGCUGUGCGGCCCCAAAUUAAACCUGGAAACGAAGCAUUCGUUCGUCAGAUUUCCAUUUAUUUAUGUGAUGAACACGUACACGACGAUUUCAGUCCCAAAGAUUUUGAUUGCGCUCCUGUCGCCAUGACCGAGCCAGAGCGGGCCGUUAAAAACCAGUACUGCCGUACGCUGAUUGCAGUAUGGUUCAGCGGAAACUACGAUUACUUUUAUCCAAAUGGUACGGGAAUUUUAUUAACGAAGGAAAAUAGUGGACGGUACGUGCUGAUGCAAGUCCAGUACGAUAACAGCCGUAAAACAGAUUUUAUCGAUAACUCGGGACUGCUCCUGCUGCUUUCCAACCAGAUCCGGACUCAUAAUGCUGGUAUACUGACGGCGGGAUUAUUGCAGUACGAUUAUCCGCUGACAGUUCCACCGGGAGUAGAGGAUUUCGUUAUAACCAGUUCCUGCAUGGAUUUCUGCACGCAGUCGAUACCAGCGAGCGGGAUUAGAGUAUUCAGUUCUGUUAUGAACAUACACCGGAAAGGGCGGAAAACGGUGGUGCGGGUGGUGCGCGGUACCAAAAGCACCGAUAUCGAUGUUAUUCUCAGUGAUAACAAUGUUGACCCGACUUAUCCGGAGGCGCGACAGCCUGAUUCAGAAAUUACGGUUUUACCGGGUGAUCGCCUGAUCGUGGAAUGCCAUUACUCCACGAGCGAUUCGAAAGCUCCGGUUUUUGGUGGAAUUGGAAUGGACGGCGAAUCCUGUCUAGCCUAUCUGUCAUAUUAUCCGGCCAUUAACUUAACUUCGUGUGGAAGCCGAAUUAAUCCACGAUCGUUUCUGGAAACUACCGCUUACAUUCCUGUAUUGUCCGAUGCUAACUCGGCCCCGGAUGUUAACGAACCGCUCAUGGAAGAUGCUAAUAACGGCUCCCUGAUUCGAACUUACUUCACGACAAAGUACGACUGGAAUGUUGGAAACAUUGCCAACCUGCAGUAUUUUUACAACUCCCAAAAGCAGACCGGUGUUUGUUCCGGGAAUACCGUGGACGAAACCCGGUACGCUGUUAUCGCUCCUUACGAUGUAGUUCCACCCGCGCCCGAGACGUGUAUCAAAGCACCCUACGUGAUUCUGCCGAAACCACAAACCAUCACUUCCGACACCAAGCCAAUUAUUGGAGCAUCCGACAAACUUGCGAAACCGGCGAUCGGUACACCGAACAACGGCACCGCUGCUGCCGGUGUUCGUGCUGCAGACGCAACCACCACCGGGGGUCCACGUUCGAGUGCUCGAAGAUGGGAAAGUUCGAGUAUCGGCAUCGCUUUUGCAUUCUUUUGCUUUGCAGUUUAUAAAAUGUGAUGAUACGCUCCAGCGAAAUAUUAUAAUAACCAUGCAUUUGCAUUAUAUUUUGGAGCUUACCAGUGCAUUGUGAAAUUGUAAAUUUGGGAGCUGGAUUUAGAUCUUUUGUAAAAGUGCGUAAUUGCUGCACAACCAACAAA